AUGGUCAAAAAACCAGAAGAAAUCGAUUCGGAUUUUGCGAGAGUUGGAGUGAAAAAUGUGAGUAGCAAAUAUAAAUAUUUGCUCAAAAAUUUGUCUAGCCUACAAAAUGUUUCAAACUAAAAAAAAGGUUAUUUUAUUAUUUGCAUUACAGCGAACUUGCUGAUAAGGAAAAAACAUUUGAUAUCGAUUCAUUUGAACGAUUUGUGACCGAAGCGAUUCGCGAAGUUUUCGGCAAUUGCGGUCCAGUUGUCAAGGUUUCCGAAUUCAACCCUUCAACUCUUCGCGGUUCAAUUGUUGCUCCGGGAAACGAGGCGAAAACUGUUUGGGCUGCUCUAUCAGCCAAGGGAAAGUUUCAGGGACAACGAAUUGCGGCGCAUCUUCAUAGUGUGAGUGAUAACUUGUUUUUUACAAGGAAAAUAUAUGUUUUCUAGCAUUUUUUCGACCAGGAUCCCUGAAAUUUUGAGAUUUUUGAAGAUUUUCAGCCUAGAAAUUGCUGAAAUUCAUAAUUUUCAGCUAAAAUUCAGGUUUUUGAGCAAUUUCCAGGUGAUUUGUAUCAAUUUCAGACAAUUUUCAUUCAAAAAUCCAAAUUUUCAUCUAAAUUUAGUCAAUUAUCAAUAAAAAACUGGAUUUUUCAGCCAUUUCCAGUGAAAGUUAAGAGUUUCAGUUACAAAUAGCUGAAAAUCCUAAUUUUCACUGGAAAUAUCUGAAAAAUUCAGUUUUCUAUUAAAAAUUGCCUAAAUUUAGCUGGAAAUUUGGAUUUUUGACUGAAAAUGGCCUGAAAUUGAUACAAAUAGCUAAAAAUCUUAAUUUUUACUGGAAAUAGCUCAAAAAUCCAGUUUUUGACUGAAAAUUGCCUGAAAUUGAUACAAAUUACCUAUAUUCAAUGGAAAUUGUUCAAAAAUUAGGGUUUUUGACUGAAAAUUCUGAAUUUCAGCAAUUUCUAGGCUGAAAAUCUUCAAAAAUCCCAAAAUUUCACAUCCUGGUCGAAAAAAUGCUAGAAAACAUGUUAAAAUACGUGAAACGUGUACCCGAAACCUAAUUUUUAAUUUUCAGUUAACCGAAACCGACAUCACCAACAUUUUCUAA